AUGUCAUCGAAGGUCGAGUCCAGCGUGAUUCAAACUAGCAACCUAGAGGAGAAAACCCCAGUGGAGGAGUACUUCUUUGAAGGCGGGCGGCAAAAUUGCUUGAAAUUGUGGUUUGCUAAUAGUAGCGGCAGAAGCGGUUCUCUGCGUCGCAUACCGAGAUAUGAGCUUGACGCAAUGCUUAACAUUGCCCAGUGCAAAGUUCUUCACUCAGCUCACACUGAAUUCAUUGACAGCUACGUUCUCAGUGAAAGCAGCCUUUUUGUAUCGGAACGUCGUUUGAUUUUGAAAACAUGUGGAAGGACACGUUUGCUUGCAGCACUACCAACAAUUAUUCAGCUGGCUGCAGAUUAUGCAGGUUUUGAUCAGGUGGUGUCGGUGUACUACUCACGCAAGAACUUCCUUCGACCUGAGCUACAACCUGAAGAACAUCGUUCGUUCGACGCUGAGGUUGAUUUUCUGGACAACUUCUUCCAUGAUGGACAUGCAUAUUGUAUGGGUUCCCUCAAGCAAGACCGUUGGUAUCUCUACACUUACCAUGUCCCUCAGCCGAUAACAAAACUUGCGGACCACACACUGGAAAUACUCAUGACGGACCUUGAUGAAGACGUUCUCCACAUCUUCACAAAGGACGCUUGCGAAAACGGAAAAGAUUGUACAGAGGAUCACUAUGCCACAAUCCAUGUAACACCAGAGAAGGAAUUUUCAUUCGCAUCUUUUGAGACGAAUCAGGACCUUGUUUGCCUAUAUAAGCAGACAAAGGAAGUGCUUAAGUGUUUCCGCCCUGCAAAGCUUCUAAUGACAGUUUUCGCUAACGAUGGAUCGACGAAGGGACGUGAGGCUCAGCAGCAGUUAUGGGAUCGCGAACUUCCUGGGUACAAACGAACAAAUGUGCAAUUCGUCAGAUUGGAGGGCCAAGAAGAGGAGGCUCCCACUUCGAUGCUGCGCCUCGCCGGCUUAGUGGCGACAUUUGCGGCAGCAACAAUGCUCCUUAUUUUCAUUUGGAGCAUGGCACCUCCUUCAGAGUCACGCAGUGCGUUGGCCUUUCCGAAAGAUCUUGAUGCUCUUCGCGAGCUGGCCGACUUAUUGGAGCACUACAAAAUCUUCUCGCAGGCGCUCUUUUUGGUGUGUAUCUCGGAUCAGUCCUUGUAUGCAUUUUUGAAUGCAGUCGGUGCCGACUAUUUUGCUACACACUCUCUCUCUCUACAUGCGACCUUUGUUGAGGCAGAUUUUCUCGCAGGAUUAAUGAUUCUUCGGAGGAAGAUCAUUGUUGAACGACAGCAGCUCUUCAUGUUUUUGCUUGGUGCUCGAAUCUUGCCUUUCUGCCCUCAUUGGUUGCUGAAUAUCUGCUCUCCAUUCGUUGGAGUUACACUACUUCUUCACGCGUCAACAGUGCUAAUAGGUCUGAUUCCAUAUAAUGUGCUAUGCGUUCGUGCCGGUCGCGUACUGGCUGAAGUACGUUCAGUGCACGAUGUUUUCGACGUGACUACGAUUCUUGAACUCGUCGGCCUGGCUAUCGCACUUGUCGGUAUAGGGCUGCUUUCGCGACGACGUCGUAGAAAUGUGCCCGAGUUGCCACGCACACCUUCCGAUUGA